AUGGAGACUCUUAACACACUAUGGCAGCUCAACACUGAGCAAAAGGCCUAUGAAUUCUUGGCCAGUCAGUGCGACCCGAUCCGUCUCCGCAAUUUCGUGGGCAACGGAUUCCUACCCUGCGCGACGUCCAAUAAAUGGGUUAAUUCGUUUAAUCCUAGAGAUGGCAAAGUCUUGGUACAAGUUCCUCUAAGCGACUCUACGGACGUGGACGUGGCUGUCGAGACAGCCACGAAGGCGUUUCCUUCGUGGUCGCGGACGUCGCGAAAGGCAAGAUCUCAGAUGCUGCAAAGAAUUGCCAGCAUUAUCAGCGACGAAAAAGAGCUUUUCGCGGUCUGGGAGAGCAUUGACCAAGGGAAGACUCUUGCUCGCGCGCGAGUGGAAGUGGAGAGAGCUAUUGAUAACUUCAACUAUUUUGCUACAUACAUCCUGCACGAGGAAAGCGCCGCCCGUUAUGUAGAUGGACCACCUUCGGUCUUGACAUACGAGCACCGAUCUCCCGUGGGCGUUUUCGGACUCAUCACUCCAUGGAACAUGCCGCUCUAUCUUUUGACCUGGAAAAUUGCACCUUGCCUCGCUUUUGGCUGCGUAGGAAUUGCGAAGCCAAGUGAAGUGACAAGUAUAACCGCAUUCCUUUUGGCCGAGGUUUUCAAGAAAGCAGAACUGCCUGCUGGGGUGAUGAACAUAGUUUUUGGUGAUGGGCCUGGCGUCGGUUCUGCCUUGGUACGCUCGACUCGUGUUCGUGGCGUAUCAUUUACUGGUGGCCCCGCCACAGGAGUCCAGAUUAGACGGGACACGGCUGCAGAUAUUGGGAAGCACGUAUCGCUCGAGCUGGGUGGCAAAAACCCAGUGUUGGUCUUUGACGACGUCGAUAUACCUAACGCCGUGUCUGUGGCAGCCCGUGCAGCUUUUGAGAAUAGCGGCCAGAUCUGUCUUUGCGGGUCGCGUAUCUACGUUCAUCGUCGCAUCUACGACAAUUUCAUGUCCGCAUUUGUUGCUUAUGUCGAGAAAAACUACCGAUUAGGGGAGACGAUGGGACCUGUCGCCUCUCUGCAACAUUAUCUCAAGAUCCGGUCCUAUCUCCUGCAGGCUCGAGUGGAAUCCGCACAGUUCCACAUCGGCGGCAUUCCGUCCGAGGAACCGGACGGCUACUGGGUCCCCCCCGUUAUUCUGAGUGGUAUUGACACCAACAGUCCAGUGAUCCGGGACGAAAUCUUUGGACCCGUUGUCACCGUGACAAUUUUUGACACAGAAGAUGAGGCUAUCGCACUGGCAAACGACAAUGUCAAUGGACUAGCAGCUAUUGUUAUGACAAACGAUAUAGCCAGGAUGCGUCGUAUUGGCGAGAGGAUUGACGCCGGACUGGUGUGGGUGAACUGCUGGCUGGUGAGAGAACUCGGCACGGCAUUCGGAGGGCUCAAGGCAUCUGGGGUGGGUCGAGAGGGUGGUGCACAUAGCCGAGACGUUUUUACCAACCUGCGGACGCUUCAUGUCCCCUCCGCCUGGUAG